UCUCUCUAUAUACAGGCUCUAUCUGAGCGGUUGGCUGCAGUGAGUACAUAGUUAGGCCUGUGGACUGAGAGAGAGGAUGAGCUGCCCAAAGAAAGACACUGUAGAGCCGCAUGUGAUUAAAGAAGAGUUAAUAGCUGCUGGAAAGUGGGUGAAGCUCGAGAAGACUACAUAUGUGGACCCAUCAGGAAGCACAAGAACAUGGGAGACAGCCAAGAGAACGACUAGACCAACCAACAGUGCUGCAGAUGGUGUUGGGAUCAUAGCUCUGCUGAAGAGGACUCUGCAUAAAGAUUGCGUUGUUUUAGUGAAGCAGUUCAGGCCACCAAUGGGAUGCCACACUCUGGAGUUUCCUGCAGGUCUUAUUGAUGAUAAUGAGAGCGCUGAGACCGCCGCUCUGAGAGAGCUGAAGGAGGAGACGGGUUACAAAGGAGAAGUUGUUGGAGUCACUCCAGUCACAUGUCUUGAUCCAGGGCUCUCUAACUGCACCACGAAUAUUGUAAUGGUGAACAUUAAUGGGGAUGAUAUAGAAAACAUAAACCCCACUCAGCAGCUUGGAGAUGGAGAAUUUGUGGAAGUAAUUCUUUUACCUCUAGAUGAAUUUCAGAGGAAAAUAGAUGAGCUGCUGAAGAAGGAGAAGAUAGUGGUGGACUCCAAAGUGUACAUUUAUGCCAUGGGAAUGUCUCAAGCCUUCUUUAAACCCAAUGAGCUGCCUGUACUCAAACAAUGAGCUUUUAGUCUGAACUGCCUUUACUAUUAUAAACGGUAACAGGAGGAACAUGGGAAGAUGGGAAGAAAACUUCAUAAUUAAUAAAACAAGUUUACAUGUUGUUUAACUCACUCAUGAGGGCCUUUUAGAAGAGCAAAUUAAGAAGUGUACUGGUAGUUAUUCCACAAUUCCUUGAACAUUCCUAAUACUAAUAAACUAAUAUAAUUGAACUGAUAAUUAACUGUAGUUAUAAAUGUGUAGUACUGAUGCCAAGUGCAUUCAGGAUGAGAUAAUCUUAAAUGUAAGGCAGCAGUUUUAUGCUGUUUUCUCCAGGUUUCUCCAUUUGUUUAAACGGAACAUGGGACUAAAAAAUGAAAAAGUGACUAGUUUUGUUGCAUGUACUGUAUCAACGACCAGAAGCCAAAAAAACUAAGGUGACAUCAGGUUAAAAAUAAAACUAAUGCAUAGCCACAACUAAUUAAAGAAGAACUCCAGUGUAAAAUGUACCUUUAGUGUAGUAAAACAUGAUAAAGUGUACUAAAUUGUGUUGAAUAGCUCACCUCUGCUCUCCUGCAGCUCUCCGAGAUCCAGCAAUUUUGAGCUUUUUGCCCAGAACUCUUUACAACGGCCGCUUCAGGGCAUAUUUUGGCCCAAUAAAUCGCUUUUUACUCCGUUAUCCAGGCUCAAAGUAGCUCCACACCUCAUUGGUAGAAUAUGGAGAGCUCUGACAUUUAAAACGAGGCAUUAAUAGCUUUAAAAUUGCACAAAAAGCUUAUUAAAAACCUGUAGCGUAACCUAAUCUCUGCCUGAAGAUUACUGGAUCUCAGAAAGCUGCAGGAGAGCAGAGGUGGGCCAUUUAACCGAGAUUAGUACACUUUAUCAUGUUUUAUUACACCAAAAAUUCAUUUUACACCGGAGUUCUCCUUUAAGACAAGGGAAUGAGAUCCUAACAAGAUCCUAAUGCGAGAUCCUAGCAUAGCCAGAGAAUAAUAAAGCUUGCUUUUCUGUAAAUUAAUGGCCAUGAAGAAAUUGAAUAUUACUUUAAAGCGCCAAUCCACUGAUAAUCUUCAGUAAGAAAAAGAAGUGAUAUUUUGCAGUGAGACAUGGUAUAACUCUAAGUAAAAGACACUUAAUUCCCAUACUAAAAGCUGAUUGGCUCAGAUGCAGACAGUAUGCAGACCCAUUUACCUUCCUUACGCAGUCAUAUUGUGCACAGCCCCUGAGAUCUUUUCACUUUACUAGCUGUGAAACAUGUCUAGAAUUUAAUUAACUCGUUCCCAUGCCUUAAGUCAUGGCCACGCCUUAAUUAUCUCGUUUUCAUGCAUUAAUUAAUCGUUCUCAUGCCUUCGUUUUUGUUUUUUAACAUGAUGUCACCUUAGGGGCUCCGUAUGUUUCAAACCCUGAAAUGAACUAAUUAUUCUAGAAUAUCCAGAGCUAUAAAGCUAUGCAGCUGAUGCUACAAUAAAGCAUCAAUUAAAGCACCUGUGUGAGCACUAUGUUGUCUUUUAUCUAAUAAAUUGCUGGUUAAAAUGUUUGAA